GGAAGUGCCAGGGCGGCUGGCGGACCCAGCGGGCGGCUGAGCGGCGCGCGGGGCGCGGCCAUGGGGGGCUCGAGCAGCCGCUUGUCCAAGGAGCUGCUGGCGGAGUACCAGGACCUGACAUUUCUCACCAAGCAGGAGAUUCUGCAAGCCCACCGGCGCUUCUGUGACCUGCUGCCCCCCCAGCAGCGCGUCGGAGAGGAGUUCCUGCAGGUGCGAGUGUCUGCGGAGGGGAUCCUAAACCUGCCCGAACUCAAGGCCAACCCAUUCAAGGAGCGGAUCUGCAGGGUGUUCUCCACAGCCCCCCGCCGAGAUGCCCUGAGUUUUGAGGACUUCCUGGACCUCCUGAGCGUGUUCAGCGACACAGCCACACCAGACAUCAAGUCCCACUACGCCUUCCGCAUCUUCGACUUUGAUGAUGACGGAACCUUGAACCGGGAAGAUCUGAGCCAGCUGGUGAACUGCCUCACGGGCCAGGGCGCUGACACGCAGCUCAGCGACUCCGAGAUGAAACAGCUCAUUGACAAUAUCCUGGAAGAAUCCGACAUCGACCGGGAUGGAACCAUCAACCUCUCGGAGUUCCAGCAUGUCAUCGCCCGCUCCCCAGACUUUGCCAGCUCCUUCAAGAUUGUCCUGUGAUGGCCACAUGCAUCCCCACUAUCUUGAGAGCCUGCCUGCAACAGGGCUGGGGCCAGGGGUCUGCCCACUGCCAGGGCUGGCUGAGCUGGCUGUCUGGAACUGGCACCCAGCAGCUGGGCCAUGGGCAUGGGGCACCGUACCUCCCUGGCCCCACCUUGAUUACUCCAUUUCUACUCGUUGCUAAUAAAGGUUUAAGUUUGGUGC